AUGUUGGACAAAGGUAAAGAAAAGUAUAUAUGGUCUGCUCUGACCUUCAUCUCCUUCUCCCAUCAUCACUAUCNNAUAACAUUCAAGAUACAAGAGCACACAGACAUCAGCACAUCUCUUUUCUGCCUGCCCACUCUGAGACUACAUCUUCAUCAUACCAUAUCAAGCACUCAAUUCCUACUCAACAGCACCACCUUCGACAUGUACGCUCAAGCAAUCAUGGGCCGUGGUGGUUACAACCACAUCUUAUCUCCCACACUCGGCCGUGGUGGUUACAACCGCGAUGUCAAAGCCAGCGGUAUCAGCAGACCCAGCAACCCCUCCAGCUUGACCGUCCGCUCUGCCCGUGCCGCCGCCGACGGCAGAGGUGGCUACAACUAG